AAAAUUUCAGUGACAGAGGAAAAUGGCUGAGUACUUGAGGCUGCCUCACUCCCUGGUGCUCAUCCGCCUGCGAAAUCCCCCUGUUAAUGCGCUCAGUGUGGCUGUACUCCACGGAAUAAAAGAAGGCCUACAGAAAGCUAUAUUAGAUCAUACAGUUAAAGCCAUUGUAAUUUCUGGAUCAGGUGGAAAACUCUCUGCAGGUGCUGAUAUCCAUAGCUUCAGCGCUCCUUGGUCCACUGGCAUUAGAUUGGGAAGUAUAGUAGAUGAACUACAGAGAAAUAAGAAGCCUGUGGUGGCAGCUAUUGAAGGCGUGGCUUUAGGAGGGGGACUGGAGCUGGCCUUGGGCUGUCACUAUAGGGUUGCACAUACAGAGACUGAGAUUGGUUUUCCAGAAGUCAUUCUGGGAGUCCUUCCUACUGAAAGAGGAACUCAGCUUCUCCCCAGACUUAUUGGACUUCCUGGACUUGACUUGAUAACCUCAGGAAGGCGUAUUUUGGCAGGUGAAGCACUCAAGAUGGGCAUUGUGGAUAAAGUGGUGAACUCAGAUGUGCUUGAAGAAGCAAUCCAAUUUGCCCAGCAAAUUGUUGAUAAACCUCUGGAAUCACGCAGCAUCUUGAACAAGACAGUUCCCAGCUUGCCCAACACUGACACCAUUUUCACUGAGGCCUUGGCCAAGAUGCGGAAGCAGUACCCUGGUGUUCUUGCUCCAGAGACAUGUGUCCGUGUAGUUCAAGCCUCUGUGAAAUAUCCCUACGAAAUGGGUAUCAAGGAGGAGGAGAAGCUGUUUUGGUACCUUCUACAAUCAGAGCAGGCCAAAGCCCUGCAGUAUGCUUUCUUUGCAGAAGGGAUUACAAACUGGUCAAGUCCCUCUGGGGCAUCCUGGAAAACAGUUUCAGGGAGACCCAUUUCUUCAGCUGGCGUUUUUGGUUUGGGAACAAUUGGCCCAGGCAUUGCCAUUUCCUUUGCAAUGGCCAGGAUCCCUGUGAUUGCUGUAGAAGCAGACCAAAAGCAACUAGAGGCUGCAAAGAAGGCAAUAGCUUCCAUCUUGGAAAAGGAAGCAUCCAAAAGGAAACAAAGUGGUAAAGCUUGGUCAGCACCAAAACUCACCUUCACUUCCUCUAUAAAGGAGCUGGCUGGUGUGGAUUUAGUCGUGGAGGCAGUAUUUGAGGACAUGAACCUAAAGAAGCAGGUCUUUGCUGAACUGUCAGCUGUGUGCAAGCCUGAAGCAUUUCUGUGCACCAAUACUUCAGUCCUGGAUGUGGAUGAGAUUGCUUCUGCCACAGAUCGUCCACAGUUGGUGAUUGGCACCCACUUCUCACCAGCUCAUAUUAUGAGGUUGUUGGAGGUUAUUCCCAGUCGCUACUCUUCCCCCACUACUAUUGCCACUGUUAUGGAUCUAUCAAAGAAGAUUAAGAAGAUUGGGGUAGUUGUAGGCAACUGUCAUGGUUUUGUUGGAAACAGAAUGUUGGCUCCAUACUACAGCCAGACAUAUUUCUUGUUAGAAGAGGACAUAGAUGGGGUGCUGGAAGGGUUUGGUUUUAAAAUGGGGCCCUUCAGAGUGUCUGACCUUGCGGGGUUGGAUGUGGGCUGGAAAGUUCGCAAAGGGCAAGGGCUCACUGGACCUGCAUUGCCUCCAGGGACCCCUGCCCGCAAGAGGGGCAAUGCAAGAUACUGCCCAAUUGCUGAUAUGCUGUGUGAAUCAGGAAGAUUUGGCCAGAAGACAGGCAAGGGCUGGUAUCUCUAUGACAAGCCACUAGGUGGGAUUCGCAAACCUGAUCCCUGGCUUUCCAAGUUUCUGUCUCAGUACAGACAAACCUAUCACAUUGAGCCACGUGUGAUUAGGCAGGACGAGAUCCUUGAGCGCUGCUUGUAUGUGCUGAUCAAUGAAGCCUUCCGGAUCUUGGGAGAAGGCAUGGCUGCCAGCUCAGAGCACAUCGAUGUUAUCUACUUGCAUGGGUAUGGGUGGCCAAGGCACUGGGGUGGACCCAUGUACUAUGCUUCCACGGUGGGACUGCCCACAGUUCUAGAGAAGUUGCAGAAGUAUCACAGGCAGAACCCUGAUAUUCCCCAGCUGGAGCCCAGCGACUACCUAAGAAAGCUGGCUGCCCAGGGAAACCCUCCUCUGAAAGAAUGGCAAAGCUUAGCAGGGCCUCCCAGCAGCAAACUGUGAUUGAGCCAGUGGUUUGCACUCAUAUGCUGGCUUC